AUGUUGCAAGGCCACGUGUUUGUCGCUGCGCCGGAUGUGCCGCAGGAUGUGCGGUCGCUGGUCGCCGCGUGCGGCGGCCGUGUGGUGGCCUCGCUGGAGGCGUCCGUCACCCUCGGCCUGGUGGUGCGUGGGGGGGCGGCGAGGCUCGACUGCGCGGCCCAGCUGCGCGGCCUGCGCAUUCCGAUCUUGCGCUCCAGCUGGGUGCGGGCGAGUGCGGCUGCAGGACGCCUGCUGCCUAUGAAGCACCCGCACGCAGAGCACGACCCGGCGCUGUUUGAGUCGCUCCGCUUCACGACGACGAUGUUUCCGGGCGACGCGAGGGAGCGCGUGGUGGCGGCGAUCCAGUUCUUCGGCGGAACCUACUCCCCGGACCUGAGCAGCGCGACGGACAUCCUCCUCUACGGCGAGUGGGGACGAACGGCGGGGGACGCCGCGGAGAAGACCGCGCGGAGCCUCAAGUGGCGCUGUGCGUGGGAGUGGGCGAUCCCGCGUGUCCAUGUCGCGUGGCUGCAGGAAUGCAUCUCCACCGGGCAACGCUGCGCGCUGCCGCAGUUCUCCUCCACCACAGCUUUGCCAGCGCCGCCGCCACCAGCGGCGGCGGCGGCAGCAGCAGCAGCAGCAGCAAGCAAUUGGGAUGAAGAUGCGAGCAGCUGUGGCUCUGCGCAUGAGGCCGCGGGCAAAAAGCGCGCUUCUUUUUCCCCUAUUCAACGCCAGAAGCGCCCUCGUAUCGAUGCCGCAGACUCCGCUUGUGGUGCAAGGAAGCCAACCGUUUCACAUGUUUCCCUGAGUCAACUGUGCGAGCGUGUUCUUGAGGGGUAG